AUGGAAAAUCACGUAACUGUUGAAAUUGGAGAACAAGAUAGUUUUGAAACUCCGGCACUGAUUAAGUUUAUAUCAACGAAUGAUGUUGAUGGUUUUGAUACAUUUCACUCUCAAUUUCCAAGCCCAUCUCACAAAGAUACCGAAGCAUCCUCACCAACAAGCCUACAAGAUGAACCAUUGGUCAACAAUCAUCAAAGAAAAGCAUCUGUUUCUUUAAGCAUGCCACUUUCUUCUGAAGAAGUUCUACUUCAAAAUGAGAUUAACCACCAGAAAGUUUUCUUCAGUGGAGAAACUGUUAUCAUCAAAGAUAAAAAACCAUCGAGAACCGCGGGUUCUCUCCCUCCGAAAAACCCGAAAUGUUACUCUCAACCGAUGCAGAAAGGCAUGAAUCGCCCAGACGGUUCUCAAACUCAAAAGGGUAAUAGUAAUCAUCAUAAUCAACCAGCUGGAAUCAAAAUGUUUAGAGAUAAGAGAUUCGACUCGUUUAAAACAUGGUCUGGUGGACUCGAGAGACAGUUAACGAUUCUGCGCGGUAAAGAACCUAGCGGAAGUGCACAUGACGGUAACAACUCUACAAGAAGCCUUGAUAGGGCUUUACCCGUUGAUAGGUAUUUCGAUGCAUUGGAAGGUCCCGAAUUAGAAACUCUUAAGUCAUCAGAAGAGAUAAUGCUUCCUCAAGACAGACGAUGGCCGUUUCUUCUCCGGUUCCCCAUUUCAUCGUUCGGUAUAUGCCUCGGAGUUAGCAGUCAAGCAAUUCUCUGGAAAACAAUAGCCACAUCACCUGCAACUGAAUUCCUCCACAUAACUCCCAUGAUAAACCUAAUCUUAUGGUGCAUAUCCACGUUACUUGUCGCAUCCGUUUUCACGGUCUACAUUCUCAAACUCAUCCUCUACUUCGAAGCAGUUCGUCGCGAAUACUACCAUCCGAUCCGUAUCAACUUCUUCUUCGCACCAUGGAUAGCUCUCUUGUUUUUAGCCCUCGGCGUUCCUCCGUCCGUGGCCAAAAACCUGCCUCAUUCUCUUUGGUACAUUCUAAUGGUACCGAUAUUUUUCCUCGAGCUAAAGAUUUACGGACAGUGGAUGUCUGGCGGACAAAGGAGGCUCUCGAAAGUGGCGAACCCUUCGAAUCAUUUAUCAAUUGUUGGAAACUUUGUUGGAGCGUUGCUCGGUGCAUCGAUGGGACUAGUUGAAGGACCGCUUUUCUUCUUCGCCAUUGGACUUGCUCAUUACAUUGUGUUAUUUGUGACACUUUAUCAAAGACUUCCAACUAAUGAGACACUGCCUAAAGAACUUCACCCAGUGUUCUUUCUGUUUGUUGCAGCACCUAGUGUUGCUUCAAUGGCUUGGGCUAAGUUGCAAGGUUCUUUCGAUUAUGGAUCAAGGAUCGCGUAUUUCAUUGCUCUCUUCCUUUAUUUCUCAUUGGCUGUCAGGAUCAAUUUCUUCAGAGGAUUCAAAUUCUCUCUUGCAUGGUGGGCCUAUACUUUUCCAAUGACUGGUGCAGCAAUUGCAACCAUAAGAUACUCAAAUGAAGUACCGAACAUUGUUACUAAAUCAUUGUGUGUUGCAUUGGCUCUCGUCUCAACAUUCACUGUCAUGGCACUUCUUCUAUCAACAAUAUUGCAUGCAUUUUUGUUUAGGGAUCUUUUCCCUAAUGACAUUGCUAUUGCCAUAAGUGAUAGAAAGAGAAAGACUCAUAAGAGUUGGUUAGGUUUUAGAUAUGGAAGCCAAGAUGGUAAAGAGAUUGAAACUUACUUGAAGUUUGUCAACACUGAUGAUAGUAGUGUGGAUGGUUCCACCCAGCAACCGUCCUCCGGUUGCAUGGAUCAGAUUUCGCUUAAAUAA